CUUUAAUUAGACCGGUGUUAACAAAACGCCAUUUUAAAGUUUAUUUUUAAUGCCCUUGUUUUUUAUAUAAAUUUUUUCUGUGUGUAUAAACGACAACUUUUUCGUUAAGUUUUUUCUUAAGAAAAAGUUGCUUGGAAUUAGAUGCCAGAAUUAACAGAACUAAAAGCAACUGCAUCAAUGACAGAUCCAAAAGCAGAAAGUGCCGGUUCAAAUACAGAAAGUGAAUCUGGAUCAAUUCCAGAUUUAGAAGAAAACACAGAACCAACACCACCACCACCAGUUUUAAAAAAUAAAUCAUCAAAAGCCAAACCAAGUGACGAUGAUGAUGACGAUGACGACGAUGAUGAUGAACCAGUUGUGGUUGCAUCUGCAGCUGCUGAAGCUGCCGCAGCCGAAGCUGGUUUACCAAUUGAUAUGGUAGUUUCAAAAGCUAAACAGUCAAGAGGUGAAAAGAAAGCACGUAAAAUUAUGUCAAAAUUAGGACUUAAACCCGUACAAGGUGUUGCAAGAGUUACUAUCCGAAAAUCAAAGAAUAUUUUGUUUGUUAUCAACAAACCUGACGUAUUCAAAAAUCCCGCCAGUGAUACAUAUAUUGUAUUUGGAGAAGCCAAAAUUGAAGACUUAUCACAACAAGCACAGGUUGCUGCUGCUGAGAAAUUCAAGAAUGAAGCUGCACGAGGAGCCGGUGAAUCUUUAACUGGAGCAAGUGGUGCCGGUAGUGUAGCACCUAUUGCCGAAGAAAGUGAAGAAGAAGACGCUGCAGGCGGUGCAGAUGCCGGUGCAGCGGAUGGACCACCAGUUGAAGAAAAAGAUAUUGAAUUGGUUAUGUCCCAAGCCGCAGUUACAAGACAGAAGGCGAUAAGAGCGCUGCGUAAUAAUCAAAACGAUAUUGUUAAUGCUAUUAUGGAACUUACUAUGUAACGUUCUCCUAGUUAUACUCCUCGCCUUCCGUAUAUUUUGUUUGUCACACAUUUUUGUUUUUGGUACACCAAAACUGUUAAGAAGAUUAUACUUUUCAGAUCGAGGAUUUUUCAUUUCAAAAAUUAUUAUUCACGUAUAAUUUUGUUUUUUUCUGUUUUUCAUUACAUCGUUAUUAAGUCAUCACCAAACUUCGAUGAUGUAAGAGAGUAAAAUAAUAUUUGAAAAAUACCCGAUCUCGGAAAAGUCUCGAAAUAAUGAAUUAUAUUAAUAUUAAUUUGAACAAUGCUGAACGAUUUAAUUUAGUCAUUAAAAUAUAUAUUUUUUUUGCUUUGCAAUUAAUUUGUAUGAUAAAAUGAGUCAUUUUACGGUUUUUGAUGUACAUAUGAAAAUAAUAUUUCCUCCCUGAAUAAAUAUUAUUACCUACCAUGUAUUGGUUAUAAUUUCUAUACUCUCCAAAAGUAAAAUGUCGAUUUUAAAAAAUAAAAAGAAAUUUAAGUAA